GCUUACACAUGUUGCGUCACUGACAUGCGCCGACAGGAGACUUGUGUAGCCUUUAAAACACUUGUGUUUUUUUGUCAUCGUCUCAAGUGGAGGCGUGUGCGGCCCGAUGAAGCACAGCAACACAAUGUUUGGUUAUUUUUACAGUGUUUUCCUCAAAGGGUUGGAUUGUCGUUACCGACAGUGAGAGACUGACUGGAUAGUAACUGGAAUUUGGAGGCGGCUGCUGACGAAGGUUAGCAUGUUAGCAAGCAGCAGCUACUAGCUUUAGCUGGAACAAAUAAUACCGUUCAUGCUCCUAAGCUUUGACCGAAACAACGUUUGGAGCCAAGAGUUUGACUAAAGUUAGUAACACCGACAUAUGUCACGCUGAGUUCCGAGAUGUGAUAUUUUGGCUGCAGUUGGACUUCUGAUGGAAGGAUGAAGAAGUGACUCCAGUGAACCAGACCGCUGUCUGUGGACCUUCAGCAAAACAGUCUUCGAUAAAAGUCAUGCUUUUGUAAACAAGCAAUGGCUUCUCGUGAUGUUGACGAGCCCCCAAGUAACACCUUGGAGACCAUUUCAGAAUCUCUUUCCAGAUGUGGCCCCCAUGACAUUAAACAGGAGCAUCAGCCUGAUGCAUCAAAUGCGAUCGUCAAAUCUCAGAAAUCCGGGAAAUUUAGGACUGCCUUGACAUUCUUUGGCGUUCGCAAAAGUAUGUGUAUUUUACCAAGCUUUUUCGGAGGGAGGAGUAAAAACCAGAGUAGGUGGUCUUCUAAAAAGGGAAUUUACAAAAGCAAAACACAUGAUGGGCUAAGUCAAAUAAGUCAUGAUGACAGCCUGAGAGGUGGAUCCACUUCCACCAUGGAUUUUGAGUACCACAACCAGAGUGACUGUGCUGAAAAGCUUCAUAGUAAUGAAUGUAAUGUAAUGUAUCCCCCCAGUGAACAUAAACCACAGUCCAUCACUAGACAGAAACGAGGGCUGAAAAGCUUUUUCAGUAGUUUUAAGCAUCACAAAAACCAUAAAAAUGGUGGUUCAGAUAAAACUGAAAUGAUUGCCUUGUCCUCUCCUUACUGCCAAAAAGAUGUGCCUGUUGUCCAGGACAACCCCCACCAGUUUGUUACAGAGUGCCUGGAAUCUGAACAAGCUGUGCCUGAUUUUGCUACCUGUGAUAUUUCACUGGCACCUGAAUGCACUGAUGCUGAUGAUGUGUCUUUAGAGCAAAGUGCGGAACAAGAAAUCCUGAAAACUGAGCUUGAUGAUGAGUUAUUUGUUGAUCAUACAGAUAAAAUAAAUGUGAUGGCUGUGGUUUCCAGUGAAUACAAGGAGAUUAGUAGAGGACACAGCGAGCCUUGCCUGUUACUUGAGAUGACAUCCAAUCCAACGCUGAAGUCUGAAACACCUGCUAGCUCGUCUGAUCAACUGAACCUAAUUUACGGUGAGGUGGCCUCAUUAAAAAGCUUUGAUUCGCUGACAGGGUGUGGAGACAUCAUUGCGGAUCAAGAAGAUGACAGCAUUACAGAAAGUACCAUUUCUGGAGAAAGGAGUAGAAACGGAGGAGGAAAGAGGGCCUCCUGUUUUCUCACUUACCAGGGUGGUGGAGAGGAAAUGGCCUCGCCUGAAGAUUUAGACGAGCAGUCUAUUCAAGAUUUCUGGGAUAACACAUCAGAGGAACCUUGCUGUUCUUGCAACCAGGACCACACCGAUUUGGCUGCCAACCCCACCUGUUUACACCACAUGGACUUAGUGAACAGUGACAAUGCACAGCAAGCCAGCACCAUGUACACUUCAAAUGAUGUGUUGACACCUCAAAGUGAGCAUCAAGAAUCCGUUCCUAAUAGCGACGAGGGUUACUAUGAUUCAACUACCCCAGGUCCAGAUGAUGGACAGGACAGAACAGACCGGCUGAGGACAGACAGAUUACCUAGAGACAGUUACAGUGGUGAUGCACUCUACGAACUGUUUGCAACGGAUGAGAGUCUUAUUAGUCCGCAUAAUGAUAGCAAACAUAGACUGCCAAGUUCCAGACCAAGUGAGCCAAUGGAUGUGAUUGAUUCUACCUUCUCUGACAUUAAUACAAUUAAAAUAAAAGACCUUUAUAAAGUGCAGGACUUUAUCAAGUUGCAGAGCACAUGUAACACCUUAGCUCGGCAAGAAAUAGACUGGAAAAACUGUAAUUUAAAUUCAAAACCACAGGCAGGGCUUAGCAAGAAUUAUGAGGCAGAUGCAUUUGAUGAAAAGGGAAGUGCGCUUGCUUCCUCAAAAACUAUCAAUGUUGAUGAGAAGAGGAGCAGCAACUUGUCAUUCACUAGUAUAUCAGACCCUGCAUUUGGAACAUUCUGUGAACCCAAAGAACAACAUGUUGGAGAAAAACAGCCUGUUGCAUUGCCAUUCCGAAAUAUUAAUUCCCAACGUCUGGAUUGUAGCAGUCUGGAUGACGACCAAACUGUGUGUUUCUCCCAAGCGCUUGAGGACUACGAGAAAAAUUCUCAGAUUCUGAGUAACUUGCACAACACAAACGUGGACGUCUUAAAGAGGAACACUGCCCUCACCCUAAAUAUGGAGGCCUUACCCACUAUAGUCACGUUUGAUAUUGUGGACAUGCAUAAUGAGGGAGAGUACGACGAGCAGAUUCACAUGGAACUGGAAGAAGACAUCUCAUCACACUAUCAGAAAUUCGAAGACAGCUACCUCCAAAAAGAUGCAUUUGCUGAAUGUGACUAUCAAAUGUUAGACUUGUACGAGCAGAGUCUGAUCAAUAACACGUGGGCCAUCUCUAGUCUCCCACGGCACAUCGGCCUUACAAGACAUAGCCAGACCCUGUCCAAUCCUUUGUCUCUAGACAGGAGGAGUAGGUCUUUGGACACGGAAAGUCUUCAGUUGAAUAUAGCUGAUGCAUACAGAGAGGGUAGAGCGGCCACCCUUUACUGUCCUCAAGCUGAAAGAAACUCAGAGAGAUCUAAAAAGAAUGUCCUCAUGUCGGCAACAGAGGUUCGAGACGGUGGUAGCGCUAUGGCCUUACCUUGGCAUACUCGCUCAGAAAUGGCUUUAAGCCACCCUCUGAGAGACGAUAGCCUCACUGAAGCAGUUCAGAAACAGAAAAUAUUUUCAGAUUCAUUACCCGAUAGUAAGCGCCACCUAUGCUCGGAUGUGCCAAUGUCUCGCAAUGUAAGUUCACAGGAUGCCGAGCUUUGCAGUAGGCCGUGCCACCUUCCUUUACAACCAGAUUCUUGUUUACCUCACAGCACCUUUGUAACGUCACGUGAUGCAGACGAGGACGCGUUUUGCAAAGCUGCUGCUGAUUUGCAGUCGUACAUCCAGUGCGGUAAAAGCAGAGAGGCGGUUAAUAGGGAGAGAGUUACUCAUACCGGAAGUCCUCUGAGGACUGGUGGUUCUACGGAUAACCCGCCAAGGGAUGUGACGAGCCCUGUAGCUGGCAACAGACACCCCAAAAUGAUGUUACACUUGAAAGGCUCUCAAUAAUACAGUGGUGUGUCAUUGAUUCUUAGUUUUUAGUGAUCAUUUUGGCUUACUUAAAAAAGCUUUUUGAUAUAUUGUUGUCUGCACAAGUAGUUUAAAAUACUGCUAAUUUGGAUCAUUGAGAGGAGCGAACAGUGUUUAGAGAAUGUUUUCCUUGCAGAAAUUACUAUCAUCCACAGUUGCCUCUUUAAGUAUUUUACUUGACCUUAUCAUAUUUGUGUCUUCUUUACUGCACAUAUUCGCCCCAAUUAUUGCUUCCGCUUAGCCGUUUUUCUUGGUUCACCUCAUUUCAAGCCAACACUGGCAUUGCAGUUGAAACUCUAUGUAUAAGCUAGUUGUUGGUUUGCAGUAUAAAACAAGUCUCUUGCUAGCUUUUAUUUGUCGUAUUGAAAAUGUUCAAAAGGAUUCAGUUUUUGCACAUAUCAUUACUGUUGUUAAUAGGGUAGGAUCAGAUCUGCGUAGCACAUGAGUGGAAUUCAGCUUGAGAACCUAUUUAAUGCAAGCUAGAAAACAAUUCCUCGCAUUCAUCUUGUGAAUUUAAUGUGGGUUUUUUUAAUAUUGUCAUGAGAAAAUGUUUCUUUUAAUAUUUAAAUACUCUACAGUUUGUGCACUGUAAUGAUCAAUAUUCCCUUCUAGUUUAUCUUAAACAUUUUUGGAAAAAAAAUCUGUUAUAUCAAUGUAGAACAAUGCCUUAAAAUAAAGAC